AUGAGUCACGAUCUAAUUAUAAAAGGGGAUUUACCAUACGGUCACCAACCCACCCACCUGCCUGCUAAGUUCUAUGCACUUUUUGGAGAAUGCAAUCUGUGCAACUUCAGUUUGGGCAACGAAGCCAUUACAGUGUUCGCUCCAAUCAAUGCGGCCUUUCAAAAGAUCGUGGGCCCUUUACCAGACGCAGAAUCUUUGGUACCUUAUCAUUUAAUUACUACUCCCAAAAAAAUCGAGCAACUAGGAAUAUCGUAUACGUCAUUGAAUACAAGAUUAUCAGGCGGACCACCGAUAUGGAUUACCAUAAGCCGUGGUACCUACAAUGAUGCUUUCUACGUCAAUAACGCAAGAAUAUUGGCUAGUCAAUCGAAUGUUAUUGGCAUUAAAACUUUAAAUAAAGGAAUUCCUGUAAUGCAAGUGCUGCAUAAAAUCGACGAAGUGCUGAUUCCUACAAAAUCCACAGCAUCUUCUACGAACCAAGUUUUCAACCCAAAUGCUUGGGAAUUUUUAGAAAAUUACGAAUCCCUUAUACAAGGCAACCAUAGAGUGAGGAAUUUCCGGCAAAAAGUGCAGCAGUACAACAGGCAGAAUAUUUUCCGUGCCGAGGGCGGACAAACGUUUUUUAUUCCGGUGGAUGAAGGAUUCGCGAAUAAUAGAGCUAGUUUGAUUGACGAAUACAUUAUUGACGGACAUGUUAUUCCUAAAGAAGUACUCUUCACUACUCCGACUAAAAAGGAUUCGCCAUUUGAUACUAUGGCUAACAGGGAUAAUGUUAUACGUGUUGUUAUAUCUUUUACGCAAGAACAAAGGGACAAUAGUGUUAUAAACUAUGUAAAAUCUCACACUCUUUUCGGCGAUGGAAAGCACCCUCAAGGAGUGGUCCUGGCUGAAAUUGUAAAAGCAAACAUUCCAGUUAAAAAUGGCGUCAUCCAUCUGAUCCACAAACCCUUAAUGAUCGUCGACAGUACCAUCAAGGAACUUUUACAGGAAAAAGAUGGUGGCAUCUUGAACAACUUUUACAACGAACUAGCCGACUUAGGGCCAGAAGGAGCCAGUUUCCUGAGGACCAUUGAAAAAUCCCAAGAAGUGACAUUGUUUGCUCCGUGCAAUUCGGCACUAGACAGUCACAUUGUCAGAAGCAUUAAACGGGACAAACAGAAGUUUUUGGAGAUUUUACAGAUGCACGUUGUGGUAGAUAAUCGGCUUUACAUUGAGACUGUUAUGAAGGAAAAUGAACAUAAGAUCUAUCAAGUACCGACGCUGGUGAAGGGGAAAAAUCUUUAUUUCAAUGUCCAUACCGAAGGAAAUAACAGGACAAUGACCGUGGAAGGGGGUGGCGUUAAUGCUACAGUUAUUCAACCCGAUUUGGCUGCUAAAAAUGGAAUUAUCCAUAUUAUCGAUAGGGUUUUGGGAGUUCCUUAUACGACUAUUUUGGAAAAAUACAGUCUUGAUGGACAGCUAAGGGAUUCCUUCGAAAUGGGAAAAAUGCAACAGUUCAACUCACAACUGAACGACACCAACAAAAAGUUCACUUACUUUGUCCCGAGCAAUAGGGCCUGGCAAAAUGCUAGAGUAGUGAUGCCUUCUGCAAUUAAAAAACUAUUCAUGCCUGAAUUUUCUUAUCAUGCAAUCACAACUCUUCAAAGACACUUGGUCAUAUCUGACGAUGUUUUCACAAUGGAAAGAAUUAAACAAAUGACCAAAAGUAGGGAAAUCAAUCAGACUAAUCGGACAAACAUUCACGAGCCACCUGCUGUCGAGUUACCGACUUUGAGAGGAUCCUUGAAGAUAUUUGUCGAAGAAAGAAUGGAUAAUAGUUUAAAGCGCAAUCACGGCUCAGCUUACAUUAUCCAUUGGGAAGAAUUGAGGAUCCCGGUAUUCCGUCCCAACGUCGAAUGCACCAACGGGAUCAUCCACGUCAUCGAUAUGCCCUUUUUGAAAAAGGGCGACAUUCGAGUGAGCGGCUCUACUCACACCACGGCCACAAUACUUUUGCCUUUGUUAACGUUCCUUUUGAAAUUUAUUUUCGAAUAAUUCAAUUAUUGAUUUUGUUUAUUGAAAUUGAUGGUAAAAAUUAACUUAACUUUGAUGUGUUCGAGGAAAUUAGGUUUUGCAUUUUAAACUUCUUUUUUAUUAUCAAUUUCUCCUUUUGAUUUGAACCAAUCGUAAUAAAAUAUACAGGGUGAAAUGAGCAAUGUAUGACACUAAAACCCUUGUCAAUGAAACCACCCAGCAGGUACAGUAUAAAAAAGGCCUAAUAAGUGUAUAAAAACAUGCUAGUCAAAGAGUUACCAAAAAGUUCUACAGGCCCGAAGUUGGUAACUCUAGCAACUAACCUAAACUGUACAUUUUUUUUUAUAAAUCAUGCGUCACUUCUUGCAAAAGCUUAACUAAUCAUAAGGAAACCUUCUCAUUAAUUAAACUGGAAAUUUAUUCUGAAGAAUUGAACUGCAACUAAUUUAGAUAAUAAGAGCUCGAAAUAUGCGAAAUGUUUUUAUUUAUUUUGAAUCAAAACAAAAAUUGAACAUGUUGAUAUUUAUGUGUGAUGUAUUUGUGACCAAUAAUUUCUAAGUUAUAAAACAUGAAUAUUAAAAAUACCUAUGUAUUACUAUGAAGAUGAUGACCUAAUGUGUGUUGAUGAUAUUACCAAAUAUUUAUUUUUAUUUUUAUCAAUAAUAUGGAAUUUCAUUAAAUGGACAAUUUAUCAUGCCUUUGAAAAUCCUUUAAAUGGACUGAAAAUAUAAUAAUAAUUGUUGAAAUUAUAUAUUGUGUAUACAGAAAAGGGUUACAGUAGUGCUGAAUAAUUGUUUCUAAAUAAAAAUGGAAUCUUCUAAAUAUUUAGUUAGUAUAACACAAUCUUCUACAUUCACUAAAAAUUAUCAGAUAUUUCUGUUACAUGUUCGUAUAUGUAGGCACUGCUCCUUAUUCUGUGAAAAUUUAUGUAAGUAUAAUUUUAAGAAAAAUAUUUGAUGCUUUUGAAUUGACAUUCCAUGCACUUCAUUCUAGAAUAAUCAAUGUAUUUCAGUAACAGCCAUGAUGAACAUGGUUGUGAUCUUGAAAUAUUUAACUUUAUAAAGUUUGUUCAUAAAUAAAUCACAAACUGAUUUAAUUACGGAACAGACACCCCAAGAUUUCGCCUUCUAGGUUUAGGUGUACUUUGUAAAUAAAAGUGUGACUGUAUAAGAUUUUAAUGUUUAUAAUUUCACGUUGAAAUGAGUUGACUUAAAUAUUAUUAUUACAAUAAUUGAAAAAAAAAAUCGCUUUCUCUUUGUAUUAUUUUAGGGGCACUGAAAUUGCUGGAUUUUCUUUCUGUAUAAAAUAACGUGGAUUUUGAAAUUAAAACUGCCAUGAAUUAAGUAAUAAUGUUAGUAAAAUUAGAUGUCAAAAUGUUAUUUGAAAAUCUAUAAAAUAAAUGGAAUUGUAUUGAAAUUUUAUAGAUGUUAACUAUGUAAAGGAACUUUCAAAUUGUCGUAUAUACUUGGUGUAUUUUUCAACAAAAAAAAAAUAAAAUAAAAUAAAAAUAGGUAUCCUUAAUAAAUAAAUGUUUCAUAAUGGUUCAAUAAUUAGGUAUAUUAUGUUUCAUAUUUAAAUCAUUUACAUAAAUACCUAAUAUAUAUUUUUGUAUACCAACCUACAUGAUUUCAAUCGCAUUCAAAGAUUAAAUUAUUUCCAUCAUUAUGUACUCUGGAGAAAUAUUUUAAUUUUGAGGACGAUGUGUUUGCCAUUAAUUCCUGAAAAAGAAUACAUUUUUGUAACAAUCUUUAUUUGACCUAAUAAUAAUUCGUCUCAUAUUCAAACCCAAACUAAGUGUUUCUCAAUCAACAUUUGUAACAUUCAAAUAGUGUUGUGCUUAAUAAAGCAUUCAGUGCUCUAACAUA